AUGUCAAAACGCAAAGCUUCUGAAGAAUGGAACACAGUUAAUGAAACCAAAUCUCAAGCUGUCAUCAAAUUCUGGGAAGACAUUGAAAAAAGAAAGCUCGGGAACAAAUUAUUUUCUUUACACUUCAAUGGAUUUGCUGAACUGGUUAAAGAUCGACUCCAAGAUGUUCUGGUCGAAAAUAGAAAUGAUUCAAUCCCCAAAUCUAAAGAUGAUAAUCAAGAUGAAUUGUAUACAGAGGGCUUUAAUAGUGAUGAAGAACAAUCCGAAGAAGAAGAAUAUUUUGCAGACAUUAUCGACCUUGAUAAUGCAACAGAACAAAAGAGACCUCCAUUCUUUACAGUUGAAGAGUGGUUAAAAAUUAUUUCUGAAUCACAAUCACCAUCAAUAAAAUUGCCUAAAUCUGUUGAAGAACAAUUUGACUGCUAUUUGAAAGAAACGAAUAUCGAAAAAAUUCGUGAAUCAUUUGAGUCAUAUAAAAAAGUAACUUCGGAAGAAGAUAGAUACACUCGUAAAAACCGACCAGGAUAUUUUGCACAACGACCAGGCACCGAGUCAACAUUUCGUGUACGUUUUAUUGAACCCAUAAUUGAGCCUUUUAUUUUUAUAUUCAAAAAUAUGGAUAUAACUUGGGGUGAAAUUUCAAGCGUGCCCUCAGCAAACCGCCGAAAUUUACAUCUCGAAGAAGGCAAAAGACGUAGAAUUGGUUCAAAAGCUGAUGGUAUAGGAUCUCUCGUCAAUCUAGAUGAUAAAGAACUUCUUAUUUUUGAGCUAUCCGGAGCACCAUCCCGUCUUCCAAAGAGACAUGCAGAGGGAGAUAAAGUAAAACUUGAACGGUGCAUGAUUGACGUGCCCAAUGACCAUCUGGAAGAUUAUAAAAUGUGUGAUAUUGAGGUUGCUAAGAAACUCAGAGUAUUCGGUUUUCAAACUGAUGAAAAAUAUAAUUGCACUAUUUCAACUGCAUAUAUUGUUGGUCGUGGACUAUAUUGCAAAAAAACGUUUUUCCAGUUCUCAUUGCCAAGAAGAGUGUUAGACUUAUGCUAUUUGUAUGAUAUUAUUGAGGUCAUGCUUUCUUUUAGAAAUGAAUUAUCCAAUGUAUUGAAUGUUAUACAGAAACUCAAGAUUGCAAAAACUUACAAACUUCUUUCUGAUAACCCACUCAGUGGUUACAUGUUGCGGUUGCCACCCACAUGA